CAGAGCCAAGCAAAAGAUAGGCUUGACCAUACUUUUCAUCUCAAUACCUGCUCAGACUCUUUCCCUUCGUCUUGAUUGGCCGUCUUGGCCAAAAUCCUCUUGAAUGAUUUCAAACCAAUCCUUUGGAAACGGGGGAGGACUGUGCUGCUAAUUCCUAACCGAGAGAGGAUUCAAUCCCCCUCCGUUUACCCCUUUUGGGGAGAAAAAGUCUCAAGGCUGGCAGAUUGAGCGUGUAUCGGAGCGUACGUUUCUUGCCUUUAAGCAACAUGGAAUUUUGAAAGUGAUUUCAUAUUGGACAUUUGUGAAUUACACUCGAAUACUAUAGCGUGAAUGUUAAGGAUUUUUUGCUGUCUUUACGUCUUGUGAACCCUUUUAUUUUGCUUAACUCGAGUCCUAGAAUUUUCUGCACAUGCUACGGAGAAUACAUCUCCGCCACAUUGUGAUAUUUGCUAACGUUAGUGCUCACGCAAUGAUGGAGCUAACGUUUUGACUCCAAAAACACAUUUUUAUACGGUAAGAUCUCAAGCGCUCAAUUUCUUUUGCACAUUUGUUUUUUUUAAUCUUUCGGUCGUAAUAUAUAGUUAUUUAAACAAAUACACUGUUGAGUAUUUUAAUUACUUAACAAAUACGAGGAACAAUCGACACAGACUGGACGUGGGUGGGAGGGAACGGUUCAUGUGAGUCGUCAGUCAAAAUUCAUAGAUUCCGUGGAGUGGUUGUAACUUGGCUAGGGUGGUAGAUGAUUUUUACCGAAACUGUGCAACAGAUUAUUAUGCACUUGCGUUCCAUCACAAUGGCUCAGUUAAGGCUCGGAUAACUUUUAACUCGGACCGUGGAAAUAAAUCUUAUCCGAGGAUAUGGCGAAACAUUGCACUGACGGACUUAGGGAUGACCUUAGUAAGGUUUCCGAUGAGGAACUAUUGAAAUGCAGCAAGGAGGAGCUGGUCAAAAGACUGAGAAAGGUGGACAGCGAGAAAAUGAACUUAAUGAUUGAACACGGCAACAUGAUGAAAGAUGUCAACCGUCGGCUGCAGGUGCAUCUGCACGAAAUUCGAAAUCUAAAAGAUGUAAACCAGAAACUUCAGGAUGACAACCAAGAGCUCCGGGAACUUUGCUGUUUCCUAGAUGAUGACAGGCAGAAGGGCAAGAAGCUGUCACGGGAGUGGCAGCGCUUCGGCAGGUACACGGCCAGUGCCAUGUGGAAAGAGGUCGGCCUGUACCAGCAGAAGCUGAAGGAGCUUGAGGCCAACCAGGAGAGCGUGACGCGUGAGAAUUCGGACCUGAAAGAAAUCAUCCUCAUGUUGGACGAGGAGAGGAAUGGAGCAGGGUCAAGGAGCUCCAUUGACAGCCAGUCGAGCUUGACCAACCUCAAUGGGGGAACGAGUAACGUUCGAGACGUGGGGGACGGGAGCAGCACCUCCAGCACGGGAAGUGCGGGCAGUCCGGACCACCACCACAACCACGCACACAAAACUGUGGAGACCAAAGUGGGGACCAUCAUAAGGAGGUCUAUGGAUGACCUCUUGGCUCCAAAUCACCACAGAAGUAUUCCUAAUGGUCUCAACGAGUCGUCUUCAAAUUACAUUCGACAGCUGGAGACCAAGGUACGCAUUCUCGAGGACGACAACAGCAAGCUCAUCUCUCAGCCCUGUGGCCGAUAUAGCUUGUCAAAGAUACAAACAAAGCAGUGCAACCUGGGAGACCUGCGCGCCCUGAGGAAAGGCAUGACCCUCUACCACUCGGAGUCACAGCUGUCCUCACUGCCCAAGCGCCAGGAGGCCAUGCUCAACGGCACUGGGCGGCUGCCCACCAGUGAGUCCUCCCCCUCGGCUGGGUUCUUGAGCUCUGUGCAGAAGCCAGAGGCCGUGGUGCACGCUAUGAAGGUCCUUGAGGUUCAUGAAAACCUGGACAAGCAGAUUCCAGAGGACUGCGAAGAGGACCUCAGUGAGAAAGAGAAGGCUAUUGUGCGGGAGAUGUGUAACGUGGUAUGGCGCAAGCUGGGUGAUGCUGCCGGAUCAAAGCCAUCCAUCCGACAACACCUCUCUGGGAAUCAGUUCAAAGGACCUCUGUAGCUGCCUCCCUCUCUCUCUCCCUCUCUCUGUGGCAUCCAGGGAAACAUGCUCACCUUGAAUCACCUACCCAUAAGACACUGCAGCUUCGGGACAUGGCAGCAUACCCCGGAAUGCUCCCCCUAUAGACAAGAGAAUGCUGCCCUCAUCCGCCUCUCCUGGCCCCUUCAUACACACACACACACACACACACACACACACACACACACACACACACACACACACACACACACACACACACACACACACACACACACACCACGAACUUCCUGCAUAAAACUCACGACGCAACUCACACUUCCAUUCUGCCCCCCAAACCUGUCCGUGGGGCGUUUGAUGACAGGCAGCUUGUUCCGCCAACACACCAACCAUCUCUCUCUCUCGCUCUCGCUCAGUGUUUACACAGUGCUUCAUUGAUGGAUGGGCAAACACCUCCCUCGUGUGUUUUCCGUGCUGAACACCUUUCUCGGUGUCGGUGACGAGUUGCCCUCACGCAAUGACUUUUCUACAUUCUGUAGUGUUUGACUUUGCAGCACUCCUGGGUAUUUUACCACUAGUGAAUCCACACGUGAGAACCAACCUCCAACUGUGUGACCAGUGCCCCUCUCUCCCUCCUGACCGAAGCGUACUGUCGAUAGAAAUACUUCUCAGUAUGUGUAAGAUAAUGUACAAUUAAAGCAAACUUAGCACUA